CGGUUUAGAUGCUGAAACUGAAACAGAUCUACGGAUAUUAGGAUGCGAAUUAAUACAAACGGCCGGAAUUCUCUUGAAACUACCACAGUUAAGCACAGUACACACAAAAAAAAAAAUAAAAAUAAAAAUAAAAAAAAAUUGUAAGUAAAUUACUCUAUUAUGAAGUUGUGAACUGCGCGAGAAUUGUAUAUCUAAAUAAAAAUCUAACGUAUAUACAAAUUAAAGAAGAGGAAGGAACAUGAUAUACGUCACGUUUUCUUCACGUAUCUAUUCAUGAUCUCAGCAACACACGUUAUCAAUGCAUGGCAAUUAAAAAGGUUAAGUUUGGUACAACCCGUUAUAUAUGAAAGUUGCAAUGGCUACUGGACAGGUGAUAUUUCAACGCUUUUAUUAUAGUAAAUCGUUAGUGAGACAUAACAUGGAAACAACAGCAAUGGGUUGUAUCUGUUUAGCUUGUAAAAUAGAAGAAUCACCAAGGAGAAUUAGAGAUGUUAUUAAUGUCUUUAAUCACAUUAAACAAGUUACUUGUCAAAAACCAAUACAACCAGUGAUACUUGAUCAAAAUUAUGUAGCAUUAAAAAAUCAAGUUAUUAAAUCAGAAAGAAGAGUAUUAAAGGAAUUAGGUUUUUGUGUACACGUCAAACAUCCACACAAAAUAAUAGUUAUGUACUUGCAAGUAUUGGGUUAUGAAAAGAAUCGUGCUCUAAUGCAACAAUGUUGGAAUUACAUGAAUGACUCAUUACGAUCAGAUGUAUUUUUGAGACACCAACCAGAAACUGUGGCAUGUGCAUGUGUUUAUUUGGGUGCACGUCAGCUUCAACUUCCUUUGCCAACUUCACCAUCGUGGUUUUGUCUUUUCAAAGUUAGCGAGUCAGCAAUAAAAGACGUGUGUCGUCGUAUUUUAAAAUUAUACUCUAGGCCACGAGUAAAGCCAGAACAAUUGGAAAAGAAAGUAGAAGAGUUACGUCGUCAAUAUGAAGAAGCAAGAACUAAAGCACGUGGUGGUGAUGUUGACAGUCAUACACCAAGUCCACCAUUGCCAAAACAUCACAAUGCUUGGGGUGGUUUUAUUAGUCGCAGUGGUACACAUGCUGUACCUGAAAGAACUAAAUCACCUAGACGUUCUAAGUCAACCAGUACCUCUCCGUCCAAAGGAGAAGGAACAAAACAUAAUAAAAGAAAGAGACACGUUAGUAGAAGUAGAUCUCGCAGUUAUAGUCAUGGAAGAUCUCGUAAACCCAAAAAAGCACAACGAAGAAGAUCAGGUAGUCACAAAUCUUCACAUAGUCGUUAUAGGUCCCAUAGUCGUUCACGAGAAAGAGAUUCUGAAAAAUCAUGUAAGCAUCGUAGCAAACGCCGAAGACAUUAAAAUAUAAUAACAGACUUUAAUUAAUAAAUUUA